AUGGAGCGUCGAACUUCAGCUACCCCGCUACGUAGCGCAUUCCGCAUGGCGGAUCUCACCUCGAGCGAAACCAUGAUGGGUAUGCCCUGCGGCACGAUGGACCGACAGGACCAGAUGCCCCUCCCAGACUAUCUUCCUGGGUAUGAUGAGAACGUCGACCAACUUUGGAUCCCUCAGGAUAUGCCAAAGACAUACCAUGAGCACCAGUUUCCCUACCAGGCCUCGAUGCCUCAGUACAACCAGAUGGCUCGCAACUACUACCACCGCCCUCAACAGGCCGGAUAUCUGCCUGAAUCGGCCUCCAACCCUUGCUUGUCUCGUCCAAUCUUUACCCAACCCACUGAGCGGAUGCCUAAUUCCGCCUCAAUGUCUAAUAUGCUCCACUGGAUGCCCUCCCACGAGUCCUUGGUACCUCAAACCAUCACCCCGGCUCAGGUCCAACCCUUUCCUUCAGGACCCGUGACCCCUCCAUCUUCUUCCUACUCCGACUUCCCCACCAAUAUCCCAACUUUCAAGUCCCACACUCCUUCUACCCCCCACCGAUCCGUCUCUAUGGGGACUCCCUCGGGAUCAGACACUCCGGUCAGCCGAAUGUCCGGACACAAUGAUUAUCAGGAAGACUUUCAACUCUCCCCAGUUUAUCGUGAAGGCAUGAUGCAACGACACCGCCAGCCCUCGCGCAAGUCCUCUAAGAAACAGCUCCUCCGCUCUAACCUGAGUCUCGAGAACUUGCCGUCAAUCAUCAAGCAAGUGCAGUUCAAGUGCAAGGAGCCUGGCUGCAAGGGGCGUUUCAAGCGUCAGGAGCACCUUAAGCGUCACAUGAAGAGCCACUCCAAGGAAAAGCCUCAUGUCUGCUGGGUUCCUGGAUGUCACCGUGCAUUCUCCCGCAGCGACAACCUCAACGCUCACUACACCAAGACCCACAGCAAGCGGGGCGGUCGCAACCGCUACGUUGCGACUCUCGAUGAGACCAGUCAGGAUUUCGACCCUGAUUUCCGUGGACAACUUACUCCCGACGGUCGGCCCAUCUACGGCAGCAAGCUUGAAGAUACUAUGCCUGACUGUGGCGAGCUGAGCGUCGAUGGCUGGGAUGAUUAG